CCAGGAAGAGUUAUCCGAGACCGAAGAACCUCAAUCUUCCACUUCUCGCUAUGACAACUUACUUGACAACCUAAAUGCUGAGGAAACUUCUCGUCAAAAAAAGAAAAAAGACCGCGAACAAGCCUUAAAAAAACUAGAAGACCAAGAAAGACAGCGAAGAGAAACCAAAUUAUCAGAAAAAGACCAAAAAUUAAAAGAACGAGAAGAAAGACGGCAAAAAGAAAAAGAAUUAGCCGAAAAAGAAGAACAAAAAAGAGAAGAAGCGAGAUUAGCCCGUGAAAAAGCACUACAAGAAGAACAGGAUGCUUAUUUUGCCACUAAAACUAAAAAUCUCUCUGAACGAAAAAAAGCAGCUGAAUUAGCCUUAGAAAAUCAAAAAAAAGAAAAUGAACUCCAAGAGCAAAAAAGGCAGGAUGAAAUUGAGAAAAUGAAACAAGAAAACCAGGCCGAACAAGAAAGACUAGCCCAAGAAGCCAAAAAUAUUGAACUUAAAAAGGAGCAAGAAUUAGCCGCGAUUGCCUUAGAGGAUGAAGAAGAAAGACAAAGAAUUUUAAAAAGAGCCAACGAAGAAAAAAUAAGAAUCCAAAAAGAAAUUGACGAAAGAAAAAGAAAAGAUGAAGAAGAAUUAAAGAAAAAAGAAAACCAACUACUCAAAGAAAGAGAAGAACGCCAACAAGAAAUUGCCAAAAUGGAAGAAGAAAGAAAACUAGCCGAAAAAGCCGAAAUCGAAAACAAAGCCCUUUACGAACAAGAAAAGAAAUCCCGGCAAGACUUAGAAAGACAAAGAGCCAAUACUCUCAAAAUUACUGCUGAACGAAUGGAUGCCCAAAGACGAAGUGAAGCCAUACGGGACAACAAUGCUCGUUUAGCCUUAAAUAGUAUUCUGUG